GGGGAGACAAAGGGGGAGAUGAGAAGGUGGGAGACAACUCAGCAUGACAUGUAUUCACCGGCAGGGAGAAACCCCGGAGAGGACGCGCGUGUUUUCAUCAUGUAGAGGCAGACACACCGACGGACAGACUCAGUUUCAUCCUCAAACUUCAGAACAGCAUGAAGCCUGAGCUGCGUUGACUGAAAACACCGACUGACGUAUUUUGGAUUUCUCUAGAGACGUAAAAUAAAAACGCAGGAGCAGAAAUGGCAGCUGCAGACAUCCUCUUCUUCACUCUGUGGAUUGCCACAUUCUUCGCCACUGGACUUGGGUGUCCUGUGCUCUGUACCUGCUUAGAUAAACACAACCGCCAUGUUGCUGAAUGCUCCUACAAAGACAUAGCUAAAGUCCCAGAUGGUUUUCCUCCUAAUGUUUCGACUGUGAGUCUCACUGUUAAUAAGAUAAGUUUCAUACCACUGGGGAGUUUUGACAAUGUCACCCAGGUGACAUCGCUGUGGAUGUCCCACAAUGAGAUCGUCUCCAUUGAACAAGGGAGCCUCGCGCCUUUGGUUCAUCUGCGUAACUUUGACAUCAGCUACAAUAAAAUCAUAGACUUUCCUUGGGAGGAUCUGCAGAGCCUCACAGCCCUGCAUCUGUUGAAGAUGAACCACAAUGAGAUGGCCCACCUGCCGAGGGAUGCUUUCUCUAACCUCAAAGAGCUGAGGUCCCUCCGACUUCACAAUAACAAAUUUGUAACAAUAGCUGAGGGGACAUUUGACGGUUUGUUGUCUUUGUCCUAUUUGCAGAUUUCUAACAAUCCUUUUGCCUGCACCUGUUCCCUUGACUGGCUUAGAGACUGGAUUUCAGCAUCCACAAAAAUUCAAAUCACAGUCCCAGAUCAGAAUUUGAUUACUUGCGCAAGCCCAGACACACUUAAAGGGGAAGAGAUCAGUACACUGCCCGAGUCAAAGUGCAUGAGCCCAAAUGUCACAAUACAGACUGAACCAAAUAUUCAUAACUCAUCUGUCUAUGAGGACAGUACAUUGGUCCUGACUUGUGAAUUCAAAGGAAACCCAAAGCCACUAGUCAUGUGGAAUAUUCGCAGCAAAAGCCAGACACAAGAGCUGGCCUUGUCGUUCACGGAAGAUGACUCCACAGAAUCAAAUGAGAACUCCUUACAGUCCUCUCAUCCUGUCAAAGUCUUCAGUAAUGGGACUCUUAUCAUUUCACACCUUAGGAAGGAAGACAGUGGCAACUACAGCUGCUUGGCCACAAAUGAAUUUGGUAGAGCUUACGAUUCAGUGUCAGUGGAGGUGGUGGCUUCACCAAAACCAACACCCAUAACAAGAAUGACCACAACACCCACUUACACCGAAACACAAUCAUAUGUACAGAGAGCAACAAACAAAAUAUCUGUGUUUGAUUCUGUGCUUCUACCUAAUGUAAGGAGAGAAAACUUAAUAAACAUUGUACCGACUGUCCCACCCACUGCAGAGAUUAAUUCUGAGUCUUACGAGGAGGAAACAAGAUAUCCGUCGCGUGCUAGUAAAUGUGGUUUGACCGCUAAUACGAGAUACAUUUCUAGCCAUGUUUUUAAUGGGAGCCUGGAAGAUAUCAAGCAAUACACAUUUGACUUUGGUGUCAUUGCACUUGGGGUGUCAGAAACAGAGGCAACAGUGCGACUUAACCCUCUUCUCGUACCCAGAGAGAAAAUCGCCAGUGGGGACACCACUGCUACCACAUCUGGGAGUGUCCACCCUGACAGUGAAGAACGCCAUGAACUUUCAGACGACUCUGAAAAAGUUCACUCCAGUGGCUUGUAUCUGUGCGUCACUGCCGAUCGCAAACACUCAGCUGUGCAGUGGUCUAGGAUCAAGGAAGGUGUUAACACCUAUGUGUUCAGCGGCUUACGCCCUGGCACCAACUACUCCCUGUGUCUGACCUACAGAGGUGAGGACUGCGAGGUCCAGGUGCUGUUCACCACCAGAAGGAGGGUGCCAAACCUGCUGAUCAUCAUCUCGGUCAGCAUCUGCCUCCUGACUGUGUCUACUGUGCCUCUGCUCGGUGCAACUUGCUUCCAUCUGGUGUACAAAUACCGCAGUAAGACGUACAAACUGAUCCUGAAGGCCAAAGACCAGUACCACAUGGAGAGGAACCUCACCGCCAACUUUAACAUCCAUGCACCACACACCGACUCUCGGAGGAGGAUUAAUGGCAGCCAGCUGGAUGAGGAGGAGGGGGAGACGGAGAGUGGAGACGGAGAGAAAGAGGCAGAUACAGAGGAAAGUGUGGUGACUGAGUCAUUUACUUUGUCUCAGUGCAGGGGGAAUUUAGACGACUGUGAGGUAGGAUCUGAGUACAGUGAUCGGUUGCCUUUGGGAGCUGAAGCAGUGAAUAUUACAAGCAACUACAAAUAUCCAAAUCAGUAAAUGUUGAAUUGUUACUCACUUAACAUAAUCUGUAGGGUUUUUUGCAUUCAGUUAGAGGGAAAAAAUUGAUUUUUUUUUUUUGCAGUUUGUGCCAAUGUUUUAUGUUUUUUUCAGCCUUUGUGAAAGCAGCCUUGAAAUACAGUUUUGUUCUGCAGUGAUCUAACAAGAUGCAAAAUAUAUUUAUGUGCUUUAGACCACACCCAAAGCUGAAACAAUCAGUCUAUAUCGACUGUCAUGGCCAGACAAACAUCUUUUGGUGAAAGCUGUACUUGGCCUGGUGUAGGCUAUGCUAACUGCACGUCUUUGCUGGGAGUAUCUGGGCUUGUUUUCAUCCCUCUAAAGGCAAUUUUCAGUCAUUCAUUCAUGUACACCUCUCAAAAACAUCUUCCAUAAACAACAAUAGAAGGCAAAAACAGAGCCAGCUUGUGUUCAACCUUAAAAUUAUUAAUCUGUUACAGAAGUAGAAGAAGCAUUUCAUGUCUGUGCAGCUUCACAUUUUAUUAAAAUAAACACAGAGAGAGUGCAUACAUAAAUGUGCAUCUGCAUCCAGAUCUUUACCAAAAUAAAAACAGUGAUAGACAAUCAUGGGAUACCAAACAUACCAUUUUAUUUAUGUAAGUGCAAUAUUUCAUAAGAAGCAAAAAUGUUCAAAAAUGCCUCAUCUCUCGACAUUAAGAAAUCCUGUAAACAAGUUCUGGAUCUGACCAUGUUCUUUGGUUCAUGGUUCAACUUUCUGACCAAACAACAGAGGUGAUAUUACAAUAAACAUGAAGGCUAUUUUGUCCAGUGUCCAUCUCCCACCUGCAAAGAUUAAAAUAAUACUCUGAGAGUGCACAUUGGAGCUGCAUGUUACAGCCACGUUUGGCCACAAUUACCACAAACUGCCAAAAUGUUCUUGGACACUGAGGACUGAAAGUUAACCCUGAGAUAACACUGAAUGAGUCCUUAAAUGGAGGCAGAGGUUACUGUUGAACCAGUUUUGACAACAAAGAGAUGUAACAAAUAACAAAGCUUGUGUCACAUAUGAAAUGCUUUGCAAAAUGAUUCGGAGUUAUGUACGCUAGAUGUAAGCAGUAGUAAAUGGGCUAACUGUGACUAAAAUGUACCAAUAUUCCACUCACAGUAAAUUUGUGCUGUUGUUUUGCUGUAUGAGCUUAAAAAUACACUGACCCUGAAUCCUCUCAGAAGGGAGAUUAAAUGUUUAUAAAAACUGUGUUGUUUCAAAGACAAAAACAAUGUGCCCCACAGCUACAGUAUGAGCUCUUUGUCCAGUUAUACUGUGAACAUUCCCUAUGAAGAUAACUGUUUUCAUGUUGAAUAAAACUGGGUGUUUUAAACAAUCUCUUCGUCACGAUCUUAAAAAUGUGGACAAGUGUAGUUCAAUAUUAUCUGCCAAGUCUGCUUCAGUGUACAGUAACAGUAACAAUGUUAAUGAGUGUGUGUAUGUGAAAUUAUCACUCCGCUGUAUCUGGGUCAUGUGUCCAUCCAUGGUGUUUUCCCCCAGACUACUACAGUUAGAGGCUCUGCAUGCUGCCUGUCUUUGUGAGUCGCAGUAUGCUGUGUCUUGUGUACAUAUUCUUGUCUUAAAGAAUAACUUUGAGUCAGUGUUUGCUGCUGUCUUUUUUCUGUUUUAUACCCCUGUAAUUAAAGAAAUAGUAUGUUUUUACCAAAGUGUUUAAAUGUCCUAAUUCUAAUUCUCCUCCUAUCCUAUGUGCCUCAAUAAAGUUUGGACAAAACAAUAC